AAGGAUUGGCAUCGAGGAACUGAGCAGAGAGGCAGCAGGACUUUUAUUAGGUUCACGGGAAGUGAAGAACUGCUAUUAUGGCAGGGAAGCCCAAGCUUCACUAUUUCGAUGCCCGAGGCAGGAUGGAGGCCAUCCGGUGGCUCCUGGCUGCAGCUGGAGUGGAGUUUGAAGAGAAACUUAUAGAAAGCUCAGAAGAUUUGGAUAAGUUAAGACAUGAUGGGAGUUUAGUGUUCCAGCAAGUGCCAAUGGUUGAAAUUGAUGGGAUGAAGCUGGUGCAGACCAGAGCCAUUCUCAACUACAUUGCCACCAAAUACGAUCUCUAUGGGAAAGACAUGAAGGAGAGAGCCUUGAUUGAUAUGUACACAGAGGGUGUUGCAGACUUGAGUGAAAUGAUCAUGCUUUUGCCACUGUGCCCACCUGAUCAAAAGAAUGCCAAGUUGACCCUGAUCCGAGAAAGGACAACAAACCGUUAUCUCCCUGCAUUUGAAAAAGUGCUGAAGAGCCACGGACAAGCCUAUCUUGUGGGCAACAAGCUGAGCAAAGCUGACAUCCACCUGGUUGAAUUGCUCUAUUAUGUGGAAGAGCUGGACCCCAGCCUUUUGGCCAGCUUCCCUCUGCUGAAGGGCCUGAAAACCAGAGUCAGCAGUCUCCCGGCCGUGAAGAAGUUUCUGCAGCCCGGCAGCCAGAGGAAGCCUCCGGGGGGCAAGAAAAGCCUUGAACUAGCCAGAAAGAUUUUCAAGUUUUAAUAAAGCCAGUGGGGCCACCCAGGACAUUGGGACCAAACUUAUGAAACUCCUGGCAAUGAAGUUUUUAUCUAAGUGUAGACCCUGGGUGUUGUGAGACUAAUAAACUAUUCCAAAGUUUUAGUAGCCAUUAAAGAAUAAAGCUCCAAUGAGCAGAUUUAGUUACUCUUUUUCUUUAGAAUCGAAUAUAAAAUCAGAUUUGCCAUCUCUUUCUAGCACAUUGCUGUUUUGGAAUUAAAAAUUAAAUACAAAAGGGAAAUAUAGAUUGUGUCAUCCCCUUGAUUUUUUUGUAGGAAUUAUCAUAUAACAUCUGUCACAUAGCUUUCAAAGAAUCAAGUGUAGAAAUUCAUAAUCUGACAUUCUUAGGUUUCCACAGGAAAGAGUUAUUUUUCUGGUGUCAAUGAAGACAAUUAAUAAACAAUAAUAAGAACAGGCAAGAGUUUUACUUGAGCAAACUGAGGACUAGCCAGAAAGAUACCUUCCCAGAUUACUCUGAGCAGCUUGCUCUGGACAUAUAUGGUUUCCAGCACAGUUUCGUAUAUCUUUGUCAGAACAAAGGACAUUAAAUGAGUCAGGGAUACAUUUCUUCAAGAUUGAAAAAAAAAAACACCACAGAGAUCAGCACAUGUACAGUCAGCAUGACCUUGGCACCUGGCACAGGACUCUUAUCAUGGAAGGAGGACCAGCAUUGGAGUCCCAGGAAGGAAGGCAUUUAAUCUCCCCACUCCGCACCCCUCACCCCUGCCCCACAUCUGCUUGCAGGAUACAGGAUCUUAGUUCCUUGACCAGGGAUCAAACCGGUGCCCCCUGCAUUGCAAGCACGGAGUCCUAACAACUGGACCACCAACUAAGUCCCUUAAUCUUUAUUUUUAACAUGGACUAUCUUUCCUUCUGGUCAAAGUGCUCUUGUCUCUAAUAACUAAAGCAGAUAUAGAAUGUAUGUUUGGUUGGCCACAAACGGGUAUUUCAGUUGGCAUAAAAUUCAAGCUGACUCGUGUAUAAGUCAGAAUGACUUCCGUAUAUCUCAAUAUGUGAACAUUUCUUUUAUCACUGGUAAUGGCAAAAAGAUAUUUUUAAAAAAUUUCUUUGAGAGACAUUUUCCUUCUGAUAAUAAAAAUAUCUUUUCUUAUGCA